AUGAAUUCUUUUGUCAGUGAAUGUAUUUUGGCUGAAAAGAAACUAAAUAUGUUAUCUAAUGUCGAGAAAUCUUCUUCAAAUUCCAAUACGAGUACUUUUAGUAAGAAUAUCACAAAUGUUAAUCAAACAAUAAUAUAUCCUUCAUCUGAAAGACGAUUAUCUUUAACAAAAUUAUAUAAUUGUUCUGAAACAAUAUCAUCAAAUUUAAAUGAAAAUAUUCUAUUUAUUGUACCGAAACAAUUUGUAGAAUUAAUUUCACAAAAUUCUAAUAUACAUGAACGAAAAUGUUCACCUGUAGUCAUUGAUUGUCGUUCACAAAUAGAUUUCGGGUGUGAACGUAUACAUUCAUCAUUUAAUAUUAACUGUCGAGCAAAAUUAAUAGCAAGAAAAUUAGGAUCAAAACGUUUAGAAGAUAUCGAACCAAAUUUAUCUCUAUCAUUAAAUAAUUCUGAUAUUGUUAUUCUAUAUGAUCAAUCAACAGACAUACGAUCGGAAGAGAAACUACGUUCAUCACCAUUAAAUCUCGUUGUACAAGCCGCAAAAAAAUCCAAUAAAAAAAUUUAUAUUAUUCAAGGUGGGUUUGAUGCAAUUAAAACACAAUAUCCACAUUUAAUUGAAUGUGCUGUCGAAGCACCUAGGGAUAAAUAUGAACAAGAUCAUUUGCCGUCUACGCCAGACACAGUGGAUAAAGAAAAUUUUACUAUGACGGAAAUAUUGCCCCACAUAUUUGUUGGUAAUGUACACGAUGCACAAAAUCUUGAUCGAUUGAAUGAAAAGGGUAUAACACAUAUCAUAAAUUCAACACCUGAUUUACCUUGUUGUUGGGAUAAACAAUAUAAAUAUAUUCGAGUAGAUGUACUUGAUUUACCAUCACAAAAUAUUCGAAAGCAUUUUGAUAAAGCUAUUGAAUUUAUUGAUGAAGCAUUAUACAAAAAAACUAACAAUGUUCUUGUACAUUGUUCAGCUGGUAUUAGUCGUAGUCCAACAUUAGUACUUGCUUAUAUGAUUAAAAAAUAUCAUAUGACAUUAGAAGAAGCGUUUAAUAAAAUGCGUCAACUACGUCAAAUAGUAGAUCCAAAUGUUAGUUUUAUUAUUCAAUUAAGAGAUUGGGAAACAAAAUGUUUAUCAAAAACAACAACAGGAGAAACAGCAGAUGAUAAUAUUAAUCAUGCAUGUAUUAAUGCAAGGCCAAAUACAUAUUGUGGCUCAACAUCAAAACAGAAAACAGAUACAAAAAAACGCAUCGAAUCAGCUAUUAUUGUUAACUAG